UUAAAUGCCGACUCACUCAGGACGCAUAAAUCAUAUAAUCGCCCCCAUCCAAAGCUUCCAGCGUUGAACUGAUGAAAUUAGCAGAAGACAUUUAUUAAUAGUGAAUCAUUAAUGGAGGAGAUAACGGAGGGAGUCACCAAUAUCAACAUUAGCGCCGGUGAUCUUCAGAAGAAGAAUCGCAUUCAGGUCUCCAGCACCAAGAAACCAUUGUUCUUCUAUGUCAAUCUUGCCAAGAGAUAUAUGCAGCAGUACAAUGAGGUGGAGCUUUCUGCUCUUGGAAUGGCUAUUGCAACAGUAGUCUCAGUGGCUGAAAUCCUGAAGAACAAUGGAUUAGCUGUUGAAAAGAAGAUUAUGACAUCAACUGUUGAUGUCAAGGAUGAUUCAAGAGGAAGGCCAAUUUCUAAAGCCAAAAUUGAGAUAGUGCUUGGGAAGAGUGAAAAAUUUGACGAGAUAAUGGCAGCUGCUUCUGAAAAGGACCGUGGUGAUGGAGAAGUGCAAAGUUAAUUCCACCAUCACAAUCAUUGUUUUUUUUUUCUUUGCUAUAUUUAUCUUUGAAUAGGAGUUGAGGUUUUGGAGUUGGUGGUUUUGCCAACAUAUGAGAACAUCUAGAAUCCUAAGUUGGCUUGUUUAAGCAACAGAGGUUACUGUGUUGAACAAUCAUCUUCUUUUUGAGAAAUGCAGUUUUGUUACUUUGAUGACAAAUUU